AGAAUAUCAUCACAGAUUGUCAUUUAAAAUCUUGAAAAAAAAUGGUGUUUUGUUCUUCCAAAGGUUCAUUGGGGGUUAUGUUGUAUUUCUUGUUGAUUUAUUUUCUUGCAUUUCAGUAUUGCUGCGUUGAUGCAAACUCAACGCUAGUUGUAAAUGCUGCUACCAACGCCUCUGCAAGGCGAAUUCCUGACACUCUUUUUGGAGUAUUCUUUGAGGAGAUUAAUCAUGCUGGUGCUGGGGGGCUGUGGGCAGAACUUGUUAGCAAUACAGGGUUUGAAGCUGGAAACCCAAAAAAGAACUUAGAUAUUCAUCCUUGGAAAAUUAUUGGAGAUAAAUCAUUGAUUUCUGUAUCAAUUAACCGUUCAUCUUGCUUUGAGCGUAAUAAAGCUGCAUUACAAAUGGUGGUGCACUGUGGUGGUUACACACCUUGCCCUUUUGGUGGCGUUGGCAUCUCUAACCCUGGUUACUGGGGCAUGAAUAUCGAGCAAGGGAAGAGGUAUAAGGUGGUCUAUCAUGUUAAAUCCGAAGGAAAGUCUGAUUUUCAACUCUCAUUCAAGGGUGUUGAUGUUAUCGUAGUGUCAUCAAAUACCACGAGUGUUUCUGGACAUGAAAAAUGGAACAAGGUGGAGACAAUAGUGGAAGCAAAUGCUACUAAUCACAUUUCACGUCUUCAAAUAACCACAACCCUGCAAGGGAGUUAUUUGUUAGACCAGGUUUCAGCUUUGCCAUUGGACACUUACAAGGGCCAUGGCUUCCGAAAGGACCUUUUCCAAAUGGUGGCAGAUUUGAAACCGAAAUUUCUUAGAUUUCCGGGAGGUAUUUAUGUUGAAGGAGGUCAUCUGAUAAACCAAUAUCGAUGGAAAGAAACUAUUGGACCAUGGGAAGAGAGACCUGGACACCUUAAUGAUUAUUGGAACUAUUGGAGUGACGAUGGAUUUGGUUAUUUCGAGUAUCUACAACUAGCUGAGGACCUUGGUACAUUGCCCGUAUGGGUGUUCAACGCUGGUUUCGCCCGUUUUAAUGAAAUUAAUACAUCAGCCAUAGCACCAUAUGUGCAAGACGCUCUCGAUGGCAUUGAAUUUGCAAGAGGCUCUCCUAAAUCAAACUGGGGUUCUGUUAGAGCUGCAAUGGGACAUCCUAAACCAUUUAACUUGAGAUAUGUUGCUGUUGGAAAUGAAGAUUGUGAUCACUUUAAUUACGAAGGAAAUUACCUUAGGUUCCAUGAUGCUAUAAGAUAUGCCUACCCAGAUAUUAAAAUUAUCUCAAAUUGCGAUGCUUCUACCACACCAUUAAAACAUCCAGCUGAUUUGUACGAUUAUCAUAUUUACUUAGACUCCAAUGACAUGUUUUCUCAGUCUACUCAUUUCGAUAACGCAUCGCGAUCUGGUCCAAAGGCUUUUGUUAGUGAAUAUGCUGUGACGGGAGUAGAUUCUGCAAAUGGAACAGGAAGUCUUUUGGCUGCAGUAGCUGAAGCUGCAUUUCUUAUUGGAUUAGAAAAGAACAGUGAUGUUAUCGAGAUGGUUUCCUACGCACCACUGUUCAUAAAUAUAAAUGACCCGACAUGGGUUCCCGAUACAAUUAUGUUCAACUCUUACCAGCUCUUUGGAACUCCCAGUUAUUGGGUGCAGAAACUUUUCAUUGAGUCCAGUGGAGCAACAUUUCUUGACUCAACACUCAAUACAAAUUCAUCUAAUAAACUCAUUGCAUCUGCAAUUAUUUGGCAAAAUUCUACAGAGAAGAAAAACUACCUAAGAAUAAAGGUAGUAAACUUUGGAAAAGAAAGUGAGAGCCUUAGCAUUUCUAUAAAUGGGUUGAACUCAAAUGUGCGACAAUAUUAUGAUACUACAACCACAGUGCUUACAUCUACCCAAGCAAUGGAUGUGAAUUCCUUCUCAGAGCCGCAGAAGGUGGUGCCACAAACAAGUUCAUUAGAGAAGUUUGGCAAUUACGUGAUUGUGACUCUCUCCCCCUAUUCAGUCACAUCAUUCGAUUUGUUAAUUUGAUUAAAAGUUAGUUAUAGCAUAUGCUCCUUAUAUUAUCAAGAAAUGAAAUGUAUCUUAUUGUUUGUCACAGAGAAAUUAAUGCUAUCCCUCUUUAUAUUAUCAAGAAAUGAAAUGUAUCUUAUUAUUUGUCACAAACAGAAAUUAAUGCUAUCCCAUUUAUUUUAUG